AUGAGUAGGACCCUGAGCUGGUCUGAGCAGCUCGACGCGCUUCUCAAUGCUACGGACCGAAAUGUGAGCAGGAUUAAGCAACGGCUGUAUCCACUUGGAGUCUCUACCGGGGCAUCACUAAGGUUGCUGCAGGGCGGCCCAGAGCAAAGGGUCCUUCUCCUGGAGCAACUUCUGGAAGAGAUGAGAAGGGAACUGCAGGGCCUUCGAAGCCAAGUGCAGGAACAGGCCCAAGCCCAAAUACAGACAGGACCGCAGAAGUGCAGUGCCACCAGUGGCCUUCACGAAGAGCUUCAGAAUGAGCGGCAACUGCUGUGCGAGGAGUCACAGAUUCUUCGGGAGGAACUAAAGUUGCUACGGGACCAGCUGAGCCAGCACCAGGAGCUGCUACUGAAACAGAUAACUGAGAGGCGGCAAGCUCAGGCCUGCAGCUGGAAGAUCUCCAGAGGCAUACCCUUUCUAACCCGGAGCCCAGCAGCUUUCAGCUCCAGGCCCAGAGCCUUGAGCAAGAGGACCUAUUCUUUAAGGGCCCCAAGAUACUCCUAA